GAAAGAAUGAAACCAGGCGAACGGUGUGUGGAAUAUUCUACAUUUGUUCGUUGUGUUGACGAAAUCCUUCUGAAAAUAGUCAUCUGACUACGGUUGUUAUUCUUCACUUCCCUCUAGCCCUUUUCUAUACCAAUGUCACGAUGAUUCAGUAACGAAACGCAUUUCUUUUAAAUUGUUUAAUGUUGAGUAAGCAAUGCCUGAAACGAAAGUAACUUUAUAUAAGUAUCGAUUCGCUCUUACCACCGGCCCAUCCCUUGUGGCCCAUCCCUUAUGGGCCACCUGAAUAAACUAUUAUUUACGAGUCACUAUAAUAUAAAAGGGUACUUCAUUUGACGGCAGACAGGAUGAUUUGAGAGACUAUUUAGGAUUUUGACAGCUUCGACGUCGUUAUGCAGUCCUCUUUGGGUAUGGGAGCAGUGUCUGGUGAUACCAUAGUAUUCUUUGAUUUGGAGACUACCGGAUUAGACACAUCCAUGUGUGACAUCAUCCAGCUGUCGGCCAUCAGCGGGGAGAGGACAUUCAACGUGUACGCUGUUCCUCGUUGCAGCAUGACGGACGAGGCCUCCAGUGUCACAGGGUUCACCGUCAGGGACCACCGGACCCUCCUCCUAAAUGGUCGACAGGUGGACACCAUCCCCCUCAGGGAGGCCCUCACCUCCUUCAUCUCCUUCCUCCGCUCCUUCCACAAGCCCCUGCUGGCGGCCCACAAUGCCCGGCGCUUCGACUGCCCCGUGCUGGCCAGGGCUCUGAGGGAAUUCUCCCUGAUGCACGAGUUCCAGGAAGUGGUGUCUGGUUUCCUAGAUACUUUCAGGAUUAGUAAGGAGAUGUUUCCAACCCAACUGGCCAAGUACUCUCAGGAGUACAUGGUGAGGGUGUUCCUCAAGAAGACGUACGAUGCUCACAAUGCCUUGGAGGAUGUCAAGGCCCUGCAGGAGCUCUAUCAAAAAUGGAGUCCCAGCCAGAAACUGGUGCGCCGUCACACCUUCCCCCUGCAACAUGCCUCUAACCCAUACACUAGAAGGGUUUUCUGAUCGAGGGAAGCAUCUGUAAAAAAAAACAUAUAAUAAUAUUUUAUUACACGCGCAGGUUUUUUGUGUGCCCUUGUCUUUCCUGUGCAUAUAGUACUUUUGCGGAUGAUAUUGUCCACAGUAUAAAAAUAAGAAAAUUUAACUGUAUAUAUUGUCAUGUACAAUUUUAGCAAACAAUAAUCAUGUGGUAGCGUGUAAUUUUUUUAUUUUUUUAAAUCAUGCUUUAUAAAAUUGUUAUUUUAAAAUGGUUAUUAAAUAAAGUCUGAAACAGG